GACCAAUGCGUCAGUCAAGGCGUGCGACAAAAGCAAAAGGUAACCGCCUUGAGAACGACUUACUUUCACAAUUACUCCCUUCCAUUCCAUUCUCUCUUCCUCACGCUUGAUCAUUAUCAUUGCACCUAGACGUCUAGCAACACAACUCACCAUGCAGCUCAAGCACAUCGUUCCAGCGGCCCUGGCUGUAGCCGCUGUCAGCGCACAAAAUGCCACCAAUGUCACCAGCAAUGGAACGCUCAGCUCCCUUAUUGCGAGCAAUCAGAACCUGUCGGGUCUCAACACGCUUCUCACCGCAUACCCGUCGAUCGCACAGUCGCUCGCGAACGCCACCAAUGUGACGCUUUUCGCACCCAGCAAUCAAGCCAUUCAGGCCUUGACGUCCGGCUUGGGCGCUUUGAGCACCGCUGACACCAACGCCCUUGUGUCGGCGCUCCUCAGCUACCAUGUCGUCCCUGGGCGCAUCUAUGCCUCCAACAUCUCCAGCACGCCCUCUUUCCCACACACCAACCUUACCAACCCGAUGUUCAGCAACGUCACUGGCGGCCAGGUCGUUGAGGCCAGACUGCAAGGCACAUCGGCACAGAUCAUCAGCGGCAUGAAGAUGACCUCCAAUGUCACCCAGGCUAACUUGAACUUCACUGGUGGUGUUGUUCACGUUAUCAGCAGCGUCCUGAGCCUUCCCAGCAACUACGAGACCACUGCCCAGACGGCAAACUUGACCGCUCUUCUCGGUGCCACUAAUGCGCUUAACCUGACCUCCAUGUUGAACAACGCUCACGGCCUGACCAUUUUCGCCCCAUCCAACAAUGCCUUCCAGAGCAUCGGUUCCGUUGUGGGCAACCUGACCACUGCCCAGGCUUCCAUGAUCCUUGGCUAUCACGUUGUCAACGGGACUGCGGCCUACAGCAGCAACCUCAGGAACGGCUCCACCCUCCCGACACUCGCUGGUAGGAACCUCACGGUCACCAUUUCCAACGGCACUGUCUUCGUCGGUGGCUCCCGCAUCGUGAACCCUGACAUCCUUCUCUCCGGAGGUGUGAUGCACAUUAUCGACUCCGUGCUCAACCCUAACAGCACUGCUCGCGCCAACGCCACUGCGACAGGUGCGGCCACCCAGUUCUCCGGCGCCAGCUCCAACUCCGGCGUCCCCUACACCAGCGGCGUACCGUCCCCGACCACCACCAUCGCUGCGCUCCUCACCUCUACCACCAACGUUGCCUCCGGCUACACGACCCCCUCCACAGGUGCCGUUGGUGUAACUUCGGCCAGCGCACGUGCCAGUUCCAGCUCGUCUGCUGCUGCCAACGCUCUGCAGACUGCCGGUGCCAUGGGUGCGGCUGCGCUUUUCGGUGGUGCUGCAUUCUUCGCAAACUUGUAAGUCUGCGUAGAAAAAAAA